AUGACAACCCCCCGGCGGAAAGCAUGCGUCGAAUGUCGCCAACAAAAGAUUCGAUGUGAUGUUGAACAACACAAAGUACCACACGACCCAUGUGGUCGCUGCAAGAAGAUGGGCCUUGAGUGCAGAAUUUUGCCCACAUCAACCAGGAAUCUCCGACAAACCAAGGCUGAAAUGCGGAGAGAGCUGGAAGAGCUGCGAUGGAACAUGAGACAUAACCAAGCACCAGGCUCUGUGACAGAUUCUAACUACCCUCAUUCGACUGCGUCGCCAAACGUUGACAUGGGCAACAUGAGCCCGCGCGAUCACUCAGGAACGUAUUCAGAUCCCUCUGGCCGGACCGAUGGAUCGCAUUCAGUGUCUCCAGGCUUCGAAUCGAGGCCACCGACAAGAAAUGGCUCCGGAUCCAAUGGGACGAUUCCACGUAUGCUGGAGGGUUACAUUCUUGAUCCCAAACGGAUCGACGACUGCUUCAUGCUAUUCUUUACGCAGUAUCACCCUCUCUUUCCCAUUCUUGAUGCGUCGUUAGGACCAAACGACUACUACGACUUAUCACCAUUCCUGUUCUGGACCAUUAUCGUAAUAGGAUCGAGAAGAUAUGCCGAUGACCUAAACGUUCUCGACAAGUCGAGUCAACUCAUCACGCCUCUGGCUUUCUCGUCAAUGGCACUGCGAUCAUCCCAAAUGCCGGUGAUCCAAGGCCUUCUUCUUCUUUGCACAUGGCGAUUACCAACAAACUCCAUGUACAAGGACAUGACUCACCUGAUGUGUGGAUCCGCAGUCCAUCUGGCUACCCAGAUUGGUCUCCACAUCUCGGGUGUAGGACAAGACUUUGCCAGAAUGCCGGUGAAGAAAGACCAGGAGCAGAAGGUGUUACGGGCAAGGUUGUGGCUGUGCUGCGUCAUUGUGUCCAUCAGGACGAGUUGCGCUGAAGGUAUCCCGCCCCUCGCAGAGUCAUUUUUCGACUGUGACGAACGAGACCGAGAGGAUAUGAUUCCUUAUCUGCCAGCCGAUCUUCAGUUCCUCCACAAGGUCUACAUCAUCCUGUUGCGCGCAAUCGUCGCAAUGGGGAAGACUAAUCUGCAAUCGAUCAAAUGCGACGUUCGCGUGCUACGAUCGCUCAUCAGCAUCUUCGACUCUCAGCUUCUGAGCCUGGCACCGUCCGCUCCCAGUGACCUAGAUACCCUUCAACUCAACUGUGCUCGUAUUCACGUGAUGGCUUUCCAUUUCUUCGCUCAUCCCAUGAACCCCGAUGCGGAUGGCUUGUCUCGAUUUUACUCGCUCUGCGUCUCCACAAUCAACACCGCAACCACGAUGGCUCAGACAGUCCACUUUGCAUCUGUUUCACAAUCGUUUGUUGAUAGGACGAUCUGUCUCGCUGGUUUCUCGAUUCUCAGGCUUGUCCGAAGCCCCCUCGCUCAGCACCUGGACCUUGCAUCCGGAGAGCAAGCGUUCUUCCAGGCAGUACAAUUCCUCAAGAACGUUUCUUUGCAGCCAGGAGAUAUCGGAAUGCGCACAGCUCUGAUCAUGCACGAUCUCUGGAACAGCAGCAAAGUCUUCCGCAGAAAGGAUGGACGCAUCGAGUCGCUUGGUUUGAGGUUACGAACCAGGCUAAGCAUGAGUGUCAGCUACGACAUGUUCUGGUAUUGGAGGGAAGAGUUUGGUAACAUGCAGAACCCAUACAACGGAGAUGAGGCUAUCAAUGCGUCGAAUGAAGCGACGCAGCCUAGCACACCUCCAUACAUCCGGAGCCAGGACCAGAAAAUCCCGGUAUCGAACACAACAGCGACAAUACCUACAACGCAACAACCUCUGACAAAAUUUGAUCCAAGCUUGAUCAAUCCUCAACUGCAGGUCGAUCCUUCGGCAGGAAUGAGCUUCGAUACCUGGGAUGGAUCCGACUACAAUGUACCACCAAUGUUGGAUCAGUUUCCGGAUUACGACUGGGCUGCUGGAUUCGAGUUCUCAAACAGCGAUGUCCUAAAUGCUCCUCUAGGCCCAACAGGUGGACCAAUGAUGCCACAAAAUGUUGGCAACAUUGGGUAUACAUUUGGCUGA